AUUCUGUUACCAUCAGAUGUAUUUAGAAUGGACGGUUGAGGUUUUCUACAAGUACUGUAGAACCCCCUAGUUUAUUUAGAACAAAACACGUCAUUUGUGAGCCAUGCGCAUUCUAUUAUUAACUGAUAAUAACAUUAAAUACACGAAGUCCCGAGUUGCGGUUGUUGCAUUUUCCUUGUUCUUCAAUGGCAGCAGCUUCUAGUUAAAGUGUUCCAUAAGACACACACAGCUUUUUAGCCUUUCUCUCCUAUUGCAAUUAGUCAGAUUUUUAGCCUUUUCUCCUAUUUUAACUAGUCAUCGGUCUCCUGCUUAAAAAGAGAAAGAAACUAGAAGUGGGUUGCUGCCGGGUUAAAAAGAGAAAAGAGGGAAGAAAAACAGGUGCAUGCAACCAACCAGACAGAACUACCAAAUCGACCACCAACUGUUCUUCUCUAAGGAAAUGUAAUCAAUUUCAGACCAAAGGCAUUCGUGUCCCGCCUUUUCUUAUAAAGCCCUUACGGCCACGAAUAGAGUUGCUCGGAAAACCACUUUGAAGUUCAGCACACACACCGCACUAGACAAUCAGAGUACCAACAACUGGCCGAGACACGCGAACAAAAUGCUACCCUAUGGCGAUGGCUAAGGUAUCAGGCUGGAGUAAAGCUGCUUAAGCGCCUGUCUUUUUGAAACUUUAGAAGCUGUCUAGCUUGAUUCCUCCAUCCACGAUCUAAGAGCUGUCCGUCCUUUUGAAACUGGAACAAGGAAGGUAGAGAACCUAACAACAUUUACCUGCGUGUUUCUUCUGUCUUGGAACUGGAAUUAUCCAAAUCUCCAUCUCUGUUUUUUUCUACUGCAAGGUACUCAGAUCCAUGAGAAAGAGCGUUCACAGAGGCCCAUCAGAUUAAAAUUAGCACAUAUAAUAGUACACCAAACUUGUGAUUAGUGGGAGAUCGCCAUUGUUUAUUGGGUGGGUGAGAAGAGGAGUACCACAUCCACACCCCCUCUUAGAAAAAGAGGUUGCCUAGCUUUGACAGUAAUUAGCUAAUGCCUCUUAAUUACUCCCCCGUUCCAAAAUUCUUGGCUUUGUUUUAGUUAGUAGUUAUUAUUAUUCAUUCACCGGCUGGCGUCCACAUGGCUCCUCAAAGGCCGCGCCGCACUUGCUCCUGUGGCCUGCUACUAUGCCAUCUUAAGUAAAUGACCUCAAAAAGUACAAGCACUGCUUGGGUCUUGUAUACUUAGUCAGUGCUUUCAACGAACUAAUAGCAUGCUGUCAAAAAACUAAGAAGCAUGGCUCACAAAUCAAGUGUGUGUUUUUAAAGAAACUAGAUCACAUGGGUGCACCGUGCAUGUUAGUUCAUCGGUCUGUGGAGUGAUGUAUAGUUUCCUUUAUGUAUGUCUGUCAUAAGUCUAAGAGCAUCUCGUGAUGUCGAGGCUAGCUCAUCACAGGCCAUGGACACCGCGCCUGAAACUUUAAUUCCUAUCCAAGAGCUGGGGAGGAAAACAACAGAGACUCUUGGCUGACUUCUCACAGGAACCAAGAUCCAUCAUGCCAACGAUAAAUAAUACGGAGUAGAUAAUUAGAUGUCGCUAGGGCAUAUUUCCAAAGACAUCCCAUGUGGUUGUUUAGUCUUUUUAUUUGCACACAGCAGUUGGCUAGUGUCCACAGGGAGCAUGGUGGUUCUCUAACUCAGCUAGAAAUAAACGGUUGCCUCGGCCGGUCGAAGCGUACAUAUCCCUUUCACAACCAUCUAGCAGGAGCCGGUUAGAGUAGAAGAGCCUAAUUUGGUUAUCCCUUUCACAAUCAUCUAGCAGGAGACAGAUCUUAACAUGGCUCAUAUCUCACUGUGCACGAACAGCCCCUUUGUUAGCAAGACAUUGUGCUUGUCAGAGUAGAAGAACAAGCCUACAAUCUACACAUGGUGGCAGAUCUCCAUCCUAGUGAUCCUACUCCUAUGGCUGUGGAAGAAGCAUGUAUCAAUCCCCGUCCUAGUAACCUUACUCAUGAUGCUGCACAAGCAAUUCUUAUUUCUACCGAUCCAAUUCAUGGUGAUCCUAUUCCUACCUCUGAAAAAGCAAUACCUACAGAUGCUAUUUCUACAGCUGCAGAAGAAGUAUGUAUCGAUCCCCAUCCUAGUAACCUUACUCCUGGCGCUGAGCAAGAAAUCCCUUUCGGAGAUUUCUUUAGGCAAGCAUGGGAAAGAGAGAAGGAUAAUCACAUUGAUGUUCCAUGGAAGAUCCAUAGAUUCCCUGCUUCCCUGCGAGGGUUUUGUGAAGAACAUCACUACAUUGUUCCAAAAAUGGUGGCAAUAGGCCCUUACUACUGCCACCUCCCCGAGCUGCAGGAGAUGGAGGAGGUCAAGAAGGCGGCAGUAUUCCAAUUCUGCAGGGGCGCCUCUUGGGAGGCGUACGUAAAGGUCGUCGCUGUAGCAAACGUCGCUCGAAGCUGCUACGAUGCCGGCUCGCUAGAAGGUGUCAGUGAUGCUGACUUUGCAUCCAUGAUGUUCCAUGAUGCUUGCUUCCUGCUGGCGACCAUACUUGCAAUCACCAAGCCUGAACAGUGUGAACUGCCCUUGGUAUGUCGGAUCGGCACCAACACACCUGUUGUUGUGACAGACAUGUUUCUCCUGGAGAACCAGAUCCCCUGGAUGGUGCUGGAGGCUCUCAUGACCUUCAGAAAAGUAGAUUUAUGUGGGUUCAUUGCCACGAUGGGAAUGAAUGUCCAAUCUCGUAUUGAUCGCAAGGCAAGGCCCUUGGAUCUCACAGCUUACGAGCCACCGCAUCUCCUUGGCCUUUUCCAUUUUUACCAAUCAGGCCGCGAGAUUACCUUUACGAACUUGGAUUUCACCUUGCGCCCCCCGAGGGAGAGGAUGCUAUCAUCAGAUGUGGUCGAGAGUGGAUAUACAAGGGCGAAGAAGAAGAACCCCCCACCCCGUGUGGUACGCGAGCGCGCUAGGAUACUCGAGUCACUGCCACUAGGUACAAGCGCCAUUGAACUCGCCGAAAUCGGCAUCAAGCUGACCCUCAGCAAAUCAGCAGAGUUCAAGGACAUAGGCCUUACAGAAGGGCUCCUCUUCCGCAAGCUCUUCCUGCCGUCGCUGCGCCUCAACGAGAACACUGCAUGCUGGCUCGUCAACAUGGCAGCUUUCGAGACAUGUGUGGCCUUCCGUGAUGGUGACUACACUGUCAGCUCGUACCUGGUCCUCUUUGCCAUGUUGAUGCACCGGGAACAGGAUGUGCACAAGCUGCGAGCCAUGGGUCUCAUCCAUGGAGAGUUCACCAACAAGCAGGCGCUUGACUUCUUCAAGGGCCGUCACGCUGGAAGCAUGCGCCCAGGGUACAGCUUCUACGCCAUCUUACGACGGCUUGAGAGGUACAGGCAGAAACGGUGGCUGUGGAUCGCCGUGUAUAAGUUCGUCUACAACAACGCCAAGACCAUAGCCACGGUGCUGUCCAUCAUGGGCGUGCUCGCCGGAAUCUUCAAAGCACUACUCGACCUCAAGAAACAACAUUAGCGUGCAGCAGUGAAUCAAGCUAGAGCUACCUUAAUCAUUGGCUGUGCCAUUUUUCUUUUUCUUUGUGAAGUAAAAAGCAGGAGCUCCUAUCUUAAUCAAUGAAAGCAGCGCCUUCUGCAUUUUUUCC